AUGUCCACAACACAAUCGUUCGACGAUACAUCCCCUUAUAUCGCAUACAAGGGCGAUUGGAACCCCCAGCAAAGCACCGAUCCAUUCGUUGCCAAGUACAAAAACGCGACUUUUCACGGUACGACAGAGGAUGGAGAUACAGCUACUAUCGUGUUCGUAGGUACUGAUGUAAUGGUUUUCGGAGCCAAAAGACCCAAUCACGGCUUUUUAUCUGGUUCAAUCGAUGGAGGUGAAAAACAAUACAUGAAUGGAACUGCAAGAGAUCCAGAAUUAUAUCAACAAGUUUUGUUUGAAGCACACAAUCUAGAUAACGCAACACAUACUGUAAUCAUGACGAACGAGCCUUUUUACGAUACUGGCGUUGGUGGUUUAUGGUUCGACAUAGAUUUCUUUUCCGUGAACGGUACACCGAUUGCUUCCGUCUCCGGGACAACUUCUACUGCUCCCAUCAACUCAGUGACCUAUACAGGAGAAGCCACUUUCCAGACUGUUCCUCCAUCUGGUAUUGAUCAACCACAUAUCGGAGGCAGUCCGACUGCCGUCCAAUUGGCAGUGAGCGUAGCGCCUUCCUUAUCAGGAGGACAAAGACCUGUAAACAACCAAGUAGCCUCUUCUAACGAUGCUCACCAGUGCAUAUCGCCCACCAACAUCUUCCCAUCAUUACUAGGAUCUCUAUUUCUGUGUUUGAUGCUUAGCCACUUCAGAAGGCUUUCAUGA